UAAAGUUAAGUCACACCAGAUGCCUGAGCAGGUUGUAUUUUGGAAAUGGAUCACCCCUAAGUUGUUGGGUUUGGUAACACAAGCAUCAGUUUAUCACUGGUCAAUUGAAGGACAUUCUGAACCCAUUAAGAUGUUCGAUAGGACAGCUAAUCUGGCCAAUAAUCAGAUUAUCAACUAUCGUUGUGAUCCAGCAGAGAAGUGGCUCCUGCUUAUUGGAAUCGCACCUGGUGCUCCAGAGAGGCCGCAUCUUGUGAAGGGAAAUACGCAACUUUUUUCUGUGGAUCAGCAGCGUAGCCAAGCACUUGAAGCUCAUGCAGCUUCUUUUGCAACAUUCAAGGUUGCUGGCAAUGAGAACCCAUCAACCCUCAUCUGUUUUGUUUCAAAGUCAUCUUAUGCUGGACAGAUUACUUCUAAGUUACAUAUUAUUGAACUAGGUGGCCAGCCAGGGAGGCCUGGCUUUUCCAAGAAACGAGCCGAUCUCUUCUUCCCACCAGAUUUCCAGGAUGAUUUUCCUGUAGCCAUGCAGAUCUCUCAAAAGUAUGGUCUUGUCUAUGUAAUUACGAAACUUGGGCUUUUUGUUUGUAUACGACUUAGAAACUGCUGCAGCAGUUUAUAGAAAUAGAAUCAGUCUCGAUCCCAUAUUCUUGACGGCGGAGUCUCCUACAACUGGUGGAUUUUAUGCCAUCAACAGACGGGGGCAGGUUUUGCACGCAACAGUUAAUGAUGCGACCGUUGUGCCUUUUGUCAGUGGUCAAUUAAACAACCUUGAGCUAGCUGUCAAUCUUGCCAAAAGAGCCAAUCUUCC